AUGUUCGCAGAUGGAGGCUCCUCAAGUCAAGAUGACCAGUGGCCACCUUCCCACGAGGACCUGUGCCCCGUCGCAGGUCCCGAGAAAUCACGAGUUCAGGAGUUGGAGGGUACUGUAGGCUACCCGGUAGGAUACAGCGAUGCAUCACAAGCCGUGUGGAGUGUGGAGGCUCAGCCGACUCUGCCGGAGUCCAGCGGGUACCUUGGUGGCAUCGUCCAAGGAACAGUGCCCCAAGGUGGUUGUUUUCCAUUGGCGACUUCUCUUAUUGCCCUUUGUCAUUCUCUGGCGCGCACGGCCGCUUUUGGCUCCGAGGCCAAAGAGGAAGCAUUGGAAGAUGCAGCGCAGCUGCAGCAGCUACUGUGGCGAAAGGCACACCCCGAGCGUGCCAAGGAGUACGCAGAAGCCGCAGCGAGCGGCGAGAAGCGGCUCUUCGAAUUCGAGGACCAGGGCACAGUGAAUGCGUUGCUGAAUGCCUUCGUCCGGGACGUCCGUGUGAAAGCCCAAAGUGUAGACCGAGAGGUGCCGCCAGGCGUGGAAUCCAAAGUGGUCCACCUGCUGCGCCACGGUCAAGGCUUUCACAACAUGCUGGAAGGGUUCGAGGGCAUGGAGGGCAUCGUGAGCCCUGAGACAACCCAGGUCGAAGUCGUCGAUGGGAAGCGGUGGUUUAUCUGCGAGUCUUUCGACAAGCUCUUCAAGUCUGAGCACGGACCGCGUACCGUGGUGGGCCUGCAACUCUACGGCGCGAUUAGCUGCCGCAUCGCGACAAGCCGAGACUAUGGCGCUACCUGGGCCACCGUGCCACAGGCGACGAUCGCUGCGUCCGGGACAACCAGGCGAAUCAUGUUCCAGAAGCCGGUCGCUUGCACUCAUGUGGGUGUACAGCCGGACCGGCAGGUGGACGCCCUCGAAUAUGAUUUGCUCGUCCCAGCUUUGGCACGCCACGAGCUUCUUGAUCCGUCGCUGACGGCAUUGGGCCGUGGAGAAGCUUUGGCUGCGAACCGUGACGCGGUACAGCAGCAGCUCAGCCCGAGGUUGAUCGUUGUCUCCCCCAUCACACGUGCGACGCAGACGGCUUUUCUUGCCUUCCAGCACCUCCUGAUGGACAACGGUCUCCCCAAGCGCGGUGUGCGCUUUGUGGCCCACGAGGGGCUCCACGAACGCGGUGGUGGUAGCACCUGCGACUGUCGGCGGCCACGCCGAGAACUACAGAACGAGUUCCCCCACGUGGAUUACCGCCUGCUGAAGCAGCAGGACCCGCUGUGGUCUGCACAGCGGGAGUCCCAGGCCUCCAUGGUUGCCCGCCUGCAUCGCUUCUUCAAAUGGCUUCGUACCUGCCCCGAGGAAGAGGUGGCCUUGGUGGCCCACUGCAGCAUCAACUUCACGAUGCUGAAUGCGGUCGUCGAUUGCUCUUUGGAUCCGCACUUGGCCGAUUGGUUCGUGACUGCCGAAAUGCGAUCCAUGCGAGUGCUCUGGGAGGAGCCAAGGAAGGAGACUGCGAAAUUCAUCGACGGUGGACACCUCGUUGGGCUGGCGAAGGGACACUGCCAGCUUUACCCGCAUCUACUGCGUGUCGCUCAAGAAGGUGAUGAAGACUCAGUUCAUUUGCGACGCGACUACCAGGAGUACGCGGCCAGCGGCCAUGUGGCCUUGAUCUGUGGAGGUGGCGCGGGUCACGAGCCACUGAUGGCUGGCUUCGUGGGCCAAGGUCUCCUCACAGCCUCAGUUACUGGGGCGCUGUUUGCUGCCCCCUCGCCUGGUGCCAUCUUCCGUGCCAUCAUGGCCGCGGCCGGGCCUGCAGGCUGCAUCCUCAUAGUGAAGAACUACCCGGGCCUUCGCUUCAACCACGCCGUGGCCGCCGAGCGCGCGAGGAGCAAAGGCGUGACCGUGGAGUUGGUCAUCGUGUCGGACGACGUCGGCUCUCAGCAGGGGGAAUCGGAGGCCUCACGAUGCCUCGCGGGCGCAGCGGUGGUCAUCAAGGUGGCUGGCAGCCUGGCACAGGAUGGCAAAGACCUCGACGAGGUGAGAGCAGCUGCACAAUCAACGGCCGAUGCCAUAAAGACCAUGGCUCUCGCCCUGCGAUGGCGCGGGGUAGAUUGGAUCCUGGAGCUCGGAGUUGGAAUCCACGGAGAGGCUGGGGUGCAAGAGAUGUCCUCACUCGCGAGCCUUCCUGGUGCCACAGAUGGCCGCUUUGCCACCGCAGUGGUGCGAGCGCUGCUUCGGCAGCUGCUCCCAGCAACGAAGCUCCCGCACGGUGAAGGCGUCGUGCUGGUUCUGAACAACCUCGGAGGCACGUCCCCCUUGGAGAUGUCAGUGCUGUGCGAUGCCGCCUUUCGUCAGCUGCAGGACCUGGGUGCCGAGGUCGCUGGUUGCGUGCAGGGUACCUUGGUCACCUGCUUGGACAUGCACGGAGUCUCUCUGUCCUUGAUCCCCUUGGCCGAUGCACCGGGUCAGCUACUGGAGCUCUUGGCGGCCCCAGCGCAGGUGGGAUCCGCUUGGCCUGGGCUUCUCAUCCCUCCCAAAGACUCGGAGGCCGUAGUCCAGAAUCAUCUGAUGCCACGCCCGGCAGCCGGCGAGACCGGGGCGGAGGCAGCCCAGACACGCGCGGUUAUCUCCGCUGCAUGCCAGAUGCUCAUCUCUGACUCCACAGUAAAAGCCCUGGACGAGAUGGACUUCGAGUGUGGGGAUGCCGACUGUGGAGGCACCCACCGAGACGCUGCAGAGGCCCUCUUGGCCACCCUGGAGGCCGUGCCAAGCGAGCCAGCGGAUGCGCUACGGUUCCUGGCACGCCAUCUGGAACACCAGUGCCGUGGUGCCAUUGGCGGAAUCUACGUCCUGGGUCUAGAGGCAGCUGCCAAACGAGUAGGGUCUGCGCCUACACUUCUCGAUUGGGCAGAGGCGCUCGCUGCUGCUGGAAAGGCCAUCGAGGAGUAUGGAGGGGCGCAGCAGGGCGACAGGACUAUCCUGGAUGCGGUGCUGCCUGCUGCAGAGGCCUUGCGAGCCUGCGCACAGUCUCCGAACGCGCUCGCAGAAGCCGUGAAGGCGGCGAAACAGGGCGCCAAAAAGACCCAGCAAAUGGUGGCGAAGAAAGGACGUGCUGUCCACGUGCCACCCAGCCGACAAGCACGCUCGCCCGACCCGGGUGCCGUAGGCUUCGCAAAGUGGCUCGAAGCGGUGGAGAGGGCUCACUUCAGACCUCCCUCAUUCAAGACUUCCUUGCAGACCGUGAACGACACGACGACGACAAAGAUCCCGAAGUGUCCGAGAUGGAAGGAGAGGACGAUCCUGUUCGUAGGGGACUCUAUCGAGCGUUACAUGAUGAAGGCAGUGUUCCCACGAUGUUCGGAAAAGGGCGGUGGGGUGGUCAACCACAUGGAUUGCUGGGAUGCAGACAGGUUGCUGCACGUCCUUUACAUCUUCAAUAAGUUUGACGUUUCCACGGAGGGUCCGUGGCACAAAAUCGACAAGAAGUCCAAGUUCGAAACAUUCACAGAGGCACUACAGAAUUUGACUCUUGGACUUGAUGUGAAUGAGAUCUGGCUCGGGACAAACUUCUGGACGUUGGCCCGACUGAGCAAUCAUAAUCAAACCCUUCUAAAGAGCAUGGAUAACGGCAGCACGGACGUGGCGACCGCUUAUGCCGAGAACCUCACAAAACUCAUGAACACAAUUCAGACGCUGGUCCCGAGCAGCCGGCAGGGGUAUCUGCAACGCUUUCCCGCUAGAGAUACCACGAAGCGGGGGGACUACUGGUGGGGCAACCGAGUGCAGCAGCUGAAUGCCGCUGGCACGAAGGCGGCUCUUGCGCUUGGAUGGCGUGUCUACCGAACGUACGAUCGCAAGGUGGACAUCCGAGACGCGAUACAUCCUACAGAUGCCGUCCUCGUCGAAACUUUCCAAACACUGACCGGACACAGGGCGAAAGAAAAAGCCAACCAGGCCUACCUUGCUGCCAGACGCGCAAAGCCUGACGCUCCCUGUGACAAAGUGCUUGCUAACUAUUCUGCGAGGCACUGUCGCUCUGGACCUGGACAACUUGCCGUGGCUCAAGAUCUUCGCCUGCAGCAACAUCCUUACACGCUUCGAAGCUUUGGGUACUUUUGCGAGUUGGCAUUGCUUGGACGUAUGCACACAUGUGUGGCGUACAACCUACGAUCUUUUGAUAACGUUUCUGUUGAAGUCGGUCUGGACAUUCUGGCUCCGCAAUGCGAAGUCCACGCAUUUCAUCCUUGCCAUGAGUCAGACAACACUUUAGGGCAGAGAUAUAACUUCACCGAACACUGCAUUGACUUGUCCCCCAGCGGGUUCAUGUCGGCCAUCGCUGCAAAAAGGCUCGGACACAAGCACGUUGAUGCCUUCAUGAUCGACGUGCAAGGAAAUGAGACCAUCUUCCUGCGGCACUUGCAAUCCACAGGCUUCCUGCAAGAAAUUGACCAGCUGCAAAUCAAUUUUUAUUCCGUGGACAGCAUGGAGGUCUGCUUGGACAUGUUGAUUCGCAACGGAUUCGAGGUGAAGUAUGCCCGGUGUGGGGUCCCAUGCGACUCCUGCAUUCAGGCCCAACGCCCGGACGAAGAUCAGAAGCCCCUGCUCGCGAAAGGUUUGGACAAGUGGGAAGGCUCUGGUUUCGUCUGGUCGUUCUCUGUGUUAGGACCAGGACUCCUGGUCUGUUUAGCCGACACUGAUGCCGGCUGCCUCCUUGUCGCGGGACAGUCUGGCUCAAGGUGGGGCUAUGCCCUCUUGCCGCUGCAGGUCUUCUUGAUCCCAGUGCUUUUCAUGGCGCAGGAUCUGACCGUGCGGCUUGGUGUUUGCACGCAGCAAGGCCACAGUGCCUGCAUUCGAGACAACUUUGGCCGUGGAUGGUGCUGGUUUACAACCGCCCUGCUCAUUGUGGAAUGCAUCAUCGCCAUGGUUUCUGAGAUGAGCGGCGUGGCCGCCGUGGGUCGCUUGUGGGGACUGAGCAACGCGGUGGCAGUGAUCCUCGCAGCUGUCGUGAUCCUCGCAGCUGUGGUGGGGCUCCGCUACCGCCAGAUUGAGGCUUUGGGCAUCGCGUUCGGCCUUUGUGAAUUGGUCUUUGUCUUUACCAUGUUUUGGUAUCAUCCGGCGCCUGCGGAGGUCUUGAAGGGCAGCUUCACGGGAACCGCAGAUCCCGAGUACCUGAAGCUCAUCUCUGCCAACAUUGGAGCUGUGAUCAUGCCCUGGAUGAUUUACUUUCAGCAGUCUGCCGUCGUCGCUCGCCGGAUGACAACCGGCCACGAGCUGAGCGAGGAACGCACAGGCACGCUGAUCGGCAGUUUCCUGACCCAGUUGAUCAUGAUCGGAGCGCUGGUGACACUGGCGGCGGCGCACUCCGUCAGCCGUGACCUUCGCAGUACCCAGGACAUCGUCGCCGCCUUGAUCCCUGCCUUCGGGCCCUUCAUGUCCAAAUUGCUAAUCUCUUUGGCCUUCCUCGGCGGUUCGCUGUGCGCGUCCUUCGUGGUGGCCUUAGCUGGUACCUGGGCGCUUUGCGAGGCUCUGAGCCUCGAAGACACCUUUGCCUUGGAGCAGACACCCACAGAGGCCCCCUUCUUCUAUGGCAGCUUUGCCUGCGUAGUCCUCUUCGGGGUGGUCGUCCUCCUCUCGGGCAUCAACGUCGUGAAGUUGAACGUUAUGGUCGAACUUCUCGACGGAAUCCUGAUGCCGGUGGCCGUGGGAUUCCUGUACCUCCUUGCCACCAGCAAGACUUUGCCGGAGCAGAUUCGGGUGAAGGGCCUGUACAAGUGGGUCCUCGGCAUCGUCUUUGCUGCCGUGGCCUGCGUCUCGCUUGUGAGCGCAUUCGCCGCAUACCUGACCGACAGUGACGAUGCCAAGACGCUGUAG